GUUACGAAGUAGAAGUAUUGAUUAAAGUACAGUAGAAAAGUUAUAAUACUAUGAGUAAGUACGAGUACCAUUUCGUAAGUACGUAAGUACCAUACGCAAUCGGUACGCAGGCAGGGCACACGGCAAAUGGGCCGAGAGGAGAGAACAAGAUCUUUCGGUGAUGGUGUUGAAGCAUCCUUGCCGGAUUGCGCACCCGAUGCCAAAAAUUGAAAAUUGAGAUCUUCUCCCGACGCGACUCAGUGUCAGAGAAACGAACCAGUCCGCAUCCACGGUACAUCUCCGUUCCGCAUCGGUCGAUCGACACCACCGCAGACCGCACAAAGCAAGUAAGUCUCGCGCAUUUCUUCGGACCGCAAUGGCAUCCGGAACGAACGAAGGCAUUCUCGGCAGCGCGGUUCUCUGUGCUCACCACCGAUGUCCUCGUGAGAACUGUUGGGCACCGGGCGCGGCAUCCAGUUCCCAUUCACGACCCUACCGCGAACCGACACUACCUUUUCGCCUCCGGAACUAGCCGUGGCCGUCCCUCCAUGACUUGCUCCUCGUAGCUAACCAAGGAGGAGUAGCCCAUCCGUCAGUGAACACUCGGUGUUCGUGACAACCAAAAGGCACGUUUCAAGUCAUAGACUAUUGAUCUCGCGGGCACAAGAAAUUGUAGCCAAAAAAAAAUAGCUUACKUGCAGCGGAAAUCACAGGAUGAUUAGCUCAGUUGGUAGAGCGUGCGACUGUUAAUCGCAAGGCCAUGAGUUCGAUCCUCAUAUCGUCCGGGUUCCCUCUCGCCGAAUUAGCUCAGUUGGCAGAGCGCACGACUCUUAAUCGUGUGGUCGAGGGUUCGAUCCCCUCAUUCGGUGUUGUCUCUUAUAGUGAAGUGGUUAUCACUCUUGACUUUGAAUCAAGCAUCCGGCGUUCGAAUCGCCGUAAGAGAACUUUUGCUGCUUUGGGAUCACGUCACUCCGAUCAUUUUAUAGGGAACUCGUGUUGACUAUUAUUGCCACCCGCUUAGUUGUGUGAGGCUAAAUCGCAUUUGUGCGUUCCUCCCGCUCAGUUUUACUUUUUUUUAACUCAUUUUGAGAAAAUGUUGCCACCGGCAAAGUCGACAUAUUUUUGAAUUUAGAACCCCAUCGGUGACGAUGUCAUCUAGUACGUGGGCUUGCCAGUACUCGGAGUCGUCAUCACAAUGAUGCGGCCGGACUCAAAUACAUAAAAUUGCAACGC